ACGUGCUGGGUUAUAAGCUCUGCUGUGGCGCAAAAUGAACGGGUGUGUUUUAAUUGCGUUUAUAUUGUAAUUGUUAAGUAUUAAGAAUGGAAAUUUGCAUAAAAUGGACCAUGUGCCGCACCUGCACAGCCGAUACAAGUUCCCAGCUGCGGCCGCUCUUCGAGGAUGUCAGAUUAGCGAAGCAAUUGGAAGAAUAUGCUGGAAUUGUGGCGAAACCAGACGAUGGGCUGCCUGAUCAAAUAUGCACGGAUUGUAUUAAGAAUCUUCAAUCGGUGCAUACAUUUCUAAUCGGCUGUCGCCGGGCCGAUGCGCAUCUAAGAAAUGUUGUACGUCGCACCAUGUCCUCUGGCAGAUGCUUUCCGAGUAUCUCCUUAGAUGAGGACGCAGAUGACAGCAAUCCAUCGAAAGUGGGGAAGGAUGCUCGUGGUCCCAAACAAAGCAUAUCUCAACGCAAUCUACAGCAGAAAAAAAGAUUGAAAACACAACUCAUGAAGAGUUUAUUAGAGCAAGAGACGCCUCAUCCAGAAACUAUUGAAGCACAGAGGCUAUCGGACGAAGAUUUAAGUAGCUCGCCAGAUAAUAAAAAUGAAAUGCUUGAGCUCAUGUCAGAAAAGCAAACUGUAUUGGAAAAGUUGGCAGACACAUCUGAAAAGAACGACGAGGAUUAUUUACUUGUCGUCAGCAAAUGUGUGCUAAAUCUGACUGAAGGCGAGGCGACAGACAACGAAGGCAAUGAGUACAUCAUAACAGAUGUGGCGGAGAACGAUGAAGACGAUGAUGACAACGAUUACGGACAGCCUGAUAGUUAUGCAGCUGAAGUUAUUGAGCCAGUUACACAAUCUGGGACUCAAGCGGUGAACCGUCUCGCUGUGGACAGCCAGUCCGAAUCUGAAGGAAAACCUGCGCUGAAAUUGGAGCGGUUGCAAAUAGAAGAGCCUGCUUCGGCUGUUGCUUCUCUUACGGUUGACCUGGGAGCUGCCUGUCAGCUAUCAAGUUUUCCCAAGCACAGCUGCUCCAUGUGUGGCAAUUCAUUUCCAAAUCAUACACAGCUUAAAUCGCAUCUGCGCACCCAUCGCAACGAAAAGAAAUACGAAUGCGAGCUGUGCUCGAAACGCUUUAACGCCGCCUGCAAUCUAACAACUCACAUGCGUACCCACACGGGCGAAAAGCCAUACGAAUGUGACCACUGUGGUCGUCGAUUUGCGGACCGCAGCACCCAUCGAAAGCAUGAACGAAUGCACACAAAUGAACGACCAUAUGCAUGCGACAUUUGUGCCAAGACCUUCUCGCUGUCCACGACAUUGAAGGCGCACGCCCUUUCGCACUCCAAAGAAAAGCCACACAAAUGUCUGACCUGCAACAAGGGCUUUCGUCUGCCGCAUCAGCUAAAAGCUCACGAAAGAACGCACGUUCAUCGCUACGAAGUGGACAUAAUGCUGUAUAAUCAGGAUGAAGGCGACUAUUCCAGCAGCUAAGUGUUGCUCGAAUUAAACAUUAAUUAUAAUUUCAGUUAUUAAAUAAAUUGCUCCUAUGGUAGCUGUAUCAUCUAUUAAUAUUAUCACUAUCUUAUCGGGUAUAGUACGCGAAAGAGAGCAAGAAAUAUAAAUACAAUGAUUCCAAAAAUAAGUUCAAUAAAGAUAUGGUAUAUAUAUAGUACGAACUAUAUACAAAAGAA